AAAAAAAAAGAAUGUGGAGAGCAUAACAACUUUGCUUUCAAAUUAGGCUGAGAUUGGAGAAAGAGAAAGCUAGGAAGGGGACCCUCAAUUUUGUGACAUUACACCGCAAAGUGGGAUCCUACUACAGGUCCAAGAUGCUUGCCUUCUUUAUCUUGGCCCUUGUAUCACAAGCAACCCACUUGGUGACGUCUCAACGACUACCCACAAACAUAUUUAUCCUCGCCGGACAGAGCAACAUGGCCGGCCGUGGAGGCGUCAUCAACGACACCAAAACCGGCAACCUCACUUGGGAUGGUAUUGUCCCUCCCCAGUGCCAACCCAACCCAUCAAUUUUCCGGCUAAGUGCCAACCUCACAUGGGUCCUAGCCCACGAACCUCUCCACGCCGACAUUGAUUAUAACAAGACCAAUGGGAUUGGACCGGGGAUGGCAUUUGCUAACACAGUCUUGACCAAGGACCCGACCAUUGGGGCAAUGGGUCUGGUGCCAUGUGCAAUCGGAGGGACAAAUAUAAGUCAGUGGGCGAAAGGAGGUUUCCUUUACGACCAGUUGGUGCGGAGGACUCGAACAGCCUUGAUCAGCGGUGGUGUUCUUAGAGCAAUGCUUUGGUAUCAAGGGGAGAGUGACACGAUUAAUAAAGAAGAUGCUGAUUCUUACAAGGGGAGAUUAGAUAAGUUUUUCAUGGAAGUCCGGGACGAUCUGCAAUAUCCUAUGCUGCCAAUAAUCCAGGUGGCUCUGGCUUCAGGAGAGGGACCUUUCACGGAGACUAUAAGAAAAGCUCAACUGGGAAUUAACCUUCCUAACGUGCAAUACGUUGACGCCAAGGGACUGCCUCUGGAGCCUGAUAGGCUGCACCUAACUACUUCUGCCCAGGUUCAGCUUGGCCAGAUGUUAGCAGAUGCGUUUCUUCAGUCCCUGCCUACCCCAAUUCGCACUACCACUAAUUCCGCUGCAACACUUUCUUACCAUGCAUUUUAUAGAUCUAUUUUUAUUAUUAUUAUUAUUUUAUCCUAUUUUUUUCAUUGUAGGUCUUUCCCUGCUGUAGUAUUCCUCUAACGCAAAUGCAAUUGUAGUGGGAUAUGAAUUUCAAAGAUGGAUUCUCGAGUUAAUUUCUCUUCA